CAAACAGUGUGUUGGCAAGCAGGAAGUGAUGCUGUUGCAGUAAUCAAGACUCAGGUUGAUAAAUAGCUGCUGCUCCAGACACACCAUUAAAUCCAGCUAUAAACCAUAGCUUAACACGGUACUUCUGUUCACUUAGCAGAUUUUGCUGAUUUCUUUAACUUAGUUGUACAUUAGGAAAAAGAAAGAAUGAAGCCUGUCAUAUUGAUGUUCUGCCUGCUGGGAGCAGUCUACACAAAUCCACUCUUGCAUACAAUUGAAAUGAAUUCGCAUGCAUCCAACUCUUCAGAAAGCUCCUCUGAAUCCUCUGAGCAGAAUAACAUCUCACAACCUUCAAAUGAGAAAUCCAAGGAAAAUACAUCAGAGAGCAAUAGCUCGGAAUCACUUGAAUCUGACUCAGAUGAAUCGAUCUCUAAGGAGAGCGAAAGCCAUUCAGUGGAACAUCUGACUGGAAAAAGUGAGACUGCUCUGACAUCAGAUAACACUCAAAACAGCAAGGAGAACAUGCGUAGGGGCUGGAUCUACACCCUAAAAUGGGUCAACUCGAACAGCAAUGUGCAAGCAACCAGUGAACCAGAUGAGGAUGAGUCCAACGACAUAACAGAUGACUCGACAGGUGCCACAUCAAAACCAAGUGAAAGCAGCGAAUCAAGCGAGAGCCAGGAGGUCGGAGUGAGCACCAAUGUCACACGGCAAGAUGACAACAGUGCUGACACAAGCGAAAGCAUUGAACAGAGUGUUGGUGGGUCCAGCAACAGCAGUAGCAGCAGCAGCAGUGAAAGCAAUGAGUCCAGUAACAGUGCAUCGGACGAUAAGAGUCGCUCAGUCGAGUGCGUCCCUGGUACCAACAGCCAAGAGUGUGACAGUGAGGAGGACUUUCCCCAGGACAUUGGAGAUGAUGGUGCGACCGAUCCUUUCAAUGGCUUAAUGAUGCCCGACUAUGCCCUGCCCUAGCAGAAGUUUACGGCAUGAAGUCAAUGUUCUGAUAUAUUCAAAUGGGAAUCCCAGGAACAUAUUAGGGUGGGAAUGUGCUUAAGGGAAUAUUUUUUUAUAAAAAGGGAAAUUUUGGGCUAUUCCAGUAUUAACAUUAAAUAGCUAUGCCAGUAAUAAUGUUUUUUUAUUGGGUUACUCAGAGUACAUCGCUUGAGGUUGUUGGUGAAAUUAUACUGUACAUUAUACAUUUUUUAUUUUGCUUUAUAAUAUAUGCUUUAUCCUGAAAAGUCUUGAGAUUGCAAUAUUUUUCCUAAUUUAUCAUUUAUUUAUACAGUCGGUGCUAACCAUGGUCAAAUAAAGAAAAUAAAAAACAAAAUUA